AUGGAAAGGUCGUUUGAUGAACUUCAAGCAAUAAGCACUCUAGUUCAAUCCCUCACGGUUCAAUUAAAUGAGUCUGGGGAUCAUAUAGCAAAGUUGCAAAAUAUAGCGAGAUCGCUAGCACCCAAGAACCAGUUUAACGAACUAUGCAAAGAAGUGGAUAAUGAUGGAUCAAGUACUGCAGAAAUUGAUCGUGAGGAAAGGAUAAUACAGGAAUUGGAAAGACAGAGGCUUGAUAUUGUGAUGGAUCUUCAGAAGCAGGACUAUAUGACUGAGAAACUACAGAGCUUGAUAGACCAAAAUGAAGACAUUGUGGCUACCGUCAAGGAAUACUUGGAAAACAAAGACUCAAUUCGCUGGGAGGAACAAAAGCAUGUCGAGCAGAAUUUUGACAACUAUGUAAAGCGUGUGCUCGAGCCUACUGAACUCAAACUAUCGGGAUGUUUGCAGGAACUACAAAAUAAUGUGUCUAAGGUGGCUAAUAUCAUCAAAAUUUACAGUGAAAAGAGCACUCAAGAAUUUGAUCUCCUUGAAUCGCAGGAAUAUAGAAAUGAAGUGAAUGCAUUGAUUAAAGUAUUAAAUAAUGUGUUAAGCGAGGAAUGGAAGUUCAGCAAUUAG